GGCCGACACUCUGGUAAGCUAUUGAUAUGUAUACAUUUUUUUUUUUUUUUUUUUUUUUUUUUUGCUGGCCGGUCUGCUACUUUGGAGGGUAACCCGUCAAGAUGGUGCCUGGACGACUUGUCUACCCAUGGGGCAAUUCGUCCAGAGAAACACAGGACGAGCUAACUUCUCAAGAAGCAACUCGUCUAGAUUGAUUUCUUGACGGCUUGCCUCUUAGGGGGACAGUCCGUCUGGAGUAGCAUAGGACGAGUUACUCAUCUGAAUAGCAACCCGUCCUGGUUGAUAUCUUGACGGUUUGCCUCUUCGAGGGGCAGUCCGUCUAGAAUAGCUUUGGACGAGUUACUCAUUUGAGGAGUAAUUCGUCCUGGUUGACACCUGGACGGCUUGCCUCUUCGAGGGGCAGUCCGUCUAGAAUAGUGUUGGACGAGUUGCUUAUUUGAGGAGCAAUUCGUCCUGGUUGAUACCUGGACGGUUUGCCUCUUCGAGGGGCAGUCCGUCUAGAAUAGUGUUGGACGAGUUGCUUAUUUGAGGAGCAAUUCGUCCUGGUUGAUAUCUUGACGUGCAUUCUAAUCUUUUCCUUUUUCAGAAAAAUGCCCCAACUUCUAAAGCUUUGGCCGAGAAAGCCGCAGCAAAGAAACGACCGGCCGGCACCAGUGAGGCUCCUCCCUCAAAAAAGGCCAAGGGCUUUACUGCUAAGAAGAGAAGACCACACGGCCGGUUCCCAAGGUCGUCAUCGAGCUACCGGCCAAGGAGGAGGCCAAAGAAGAGCCGGCUGAAGCUGACUCCCGGGCCCUCGUGGCCUAUACUGGUCCGGCCGAGCAGCCCACACCUUCACAACCUGACGAGGUUGUCAUAUUGGAGGAUGCUGGACAAUCUUCUCAGCCGGACACGGCUGUGGACGGGUCCGCCUUUUCUGGGCCUGUGGCCCAACUCGUAGGCCAGAUGCCGGCUGCGUAUAGGACGGCUUCCCGUUCCUCUGGUGAGUCUUACUAUUCCAACGUAGUUAGAACACUACGGGUUGGCGGGCGUCCGAUGAGUCCGUCCAACAAACAGACCGUGGUUAUUCCCAUCAGGUGUACUGACGAGUCUAACCUUUCAGAUAAAGGGAAGGGUCCAGCUGUUGACGGCUCCCCUAGCCUCUCUGACGAUGAAUCUUCUCCAGCUUUUGGAAAGAUGUCUUCGUCCGAUCGUGAGAAGCUCAAGACGGAGCUGUUUAAGUGCUUUCCCGAACCUUAUAUCAAGGGGUUAAGGGGAGCAUUGUCUGGGCAUGUAGGUUACAUGUCUCAGCUUGCUGCCGAGCUUUUUGCUCGCAGCAUGAUAACAGAGGACUGGGCAAAGGAGCUCAGAAAAGAGAAUAAGAAGCUCGUCCACGAUGUGACGGCGGCUGCUGAUCAUGCCCAGUUUGCUAUGGCCCAGCAAGAGGUGCUGCAUCAGCAGACCAAGGUUGCGUUGGAAAAACGGUCUGCCGAGCUAGAGUCUCAGAUCAAAGUCUACCUUCUUCGGUUGACGGAGAUGCUGGACGAACGGGCUUCAUUGGAACGUUCCUGACGGACGAGAGGAACUCAGUCAUGACGAUGGCUGCUGAUUUUUUCAAGGAGAACCUCGUCCUUAAGGUCAAGAACCAAGCCCUUCGUACUGAGGUGGCCGAGACCAUUGCUGGCGCCAAAGAGGCUAUGAACACCGUCAUAGAUACCUCAAAGGAAUGGGCAGUGCAAGCUUUUGGCAUGAUGGCCGAAGAAGAGGA